AUGGAGGAGUUUUUUUUUAUAAUCUCGGUGCAGCACCGCAAGUCUCUCGCUUGCAAUGCAAGCGGUCACGUCUACGUCGUUUGCGCGGAAACUCACCAAGGUUCCUGGGAAACUUGGCACAUGCAGGAUUGUACUCCAACGGUUUUCAUCUCUUCCGCCUGUCACGAUAAACGGUUGAGCAGCAAGCCUUUUGGUGGCGGAAUUUUCACGAGCAGAAAUCGCUUCGGCUGGGAAAAGUGGGUUUUGGAAGAGUCGGAUCAUGGUGGCUUUUUCUUCCGUUCGCCAGCGCACAAUACGCGAUUGGCGCUCGACGCAAACUCGCAUCUUUACACCAUCAGCUGUGGAGAUGACGGGCUUGAUCACCGCGGAGCUUGGGAGACGUGGAGGUUGUCAGAGUCUCCUCAUAGUAGCAACUCGUAUUUCAUCGACAGCAUCGGACACGAGGGCAAGCGGCUCGCGUGCAACAACAACGGGCAUGUCUACGUGAUCGACGCCAACACGCAUGCUGGAUCGUGGGAGAGCUGGAUUCUCGAACGAUCCCAGCACGGUGACAUCAUCGAGAGUACUAAAUUUUGGACCAAGGUGGUGGGGGCUUGUGCGGUCGGCGCGGCAGCGGCGCCUGUCGUCGCAGCCGGCGUGGUUGCCAGUAUGGGCUUCGGUGCAGCGGGAAUCGCGGCUGGUAGUGCCGGCGCAGCUAUGAUGUCAGCCGAAGCGAGUGUUGCUGGAGGGGGAAUCGCAGCUGGCGGCGUCGUAGCAACUUUGCAGUCGAUCGGUGCUUCGGGAUUGGGCGUGGCGGGCACGACGGCUCUGGCAUUGUCUGGAGCGGCGACCGGCAGCGGAGUAGGGGCUGCACUUGCGGUCGCGCUUCCUUGA